CGUGCCUCCUUCCAUAGUCUGGCCGGCGAGUGGGCCAUUCUAGAUCGGACAAUGAUCGUCACUACUCUCUUGCGCCAUCUCUACGGCAGGAGUCUGGACUGGAAAAUCACGGAUGGAGCUUCUCUCAAACAGACUUCCAGUCCCAGUAUCCAUCGGAUGAUCCUGCAGAAAUCAGACGUCCAGAUGGGAUCUCGGCCAUUGUCGAUUACGAUCGGGUUUCCCGCUACGGCAGGGAUGAAAAGGAGGCCUUUCCCUUCGGGGACCAUUCUAGGGACAACCAUGGAUAUGGUUAUCCUCCAGGAGAUUGCAGAUCCCCACCGACAGUCACGGUCUCCCAAGAGGGUCCCCAGUCCGCGUCUCGAGAUUACCAAGAGCCACGGGCAGAUGAAUACUGGCAUAGAGCACGUUCGCUCAAAGGUUAGACGACUAAAUAGCAGUGGAGGCAGCCAAACCUUUUCCGAUGGACCAACAACCGCUAACGCCGUACCAUUCGGACGGACGACUCCGCUGAAGGUCCACUAUUACACUCCCCGAGUCGCCUCGGCAAAUCUGAAACACUCCCAUGGGAAAUAUUUGCCGAGAAGUUCGUCCGUGAACCCGGAAAAACUCUAUGCCAACCUGGGGCUCCUCAUACAUCAUUGGAAAACUGGAGCCAACAAGGCCGAUGUCCGUUAUCAAACUUCCCCACAAACUGAUCACUUUGAAGAAGCGUGGACCUACAGUUCCACUCCCAAUGAUUUGGGGUCCAAGAACCUGUUGUACUGCGGCAACCAAGCAGGGUUGCAGGCGUCAUCUAGCCUGGUACCACAAGUCCAGAGGAGUCUGGCGUGGGCGGAUAUGACGGCCUUGUCCAACCUGGUCGUAUAG